AUGUCCGAAAUUAACUUCCUGAGGCGGAAUCUCCGCAUUCUCGUCCUAAACCCGAACUGUUCUACCAUCAUGACUGAAGGCAUGGCCAACGCCAUUCGCCAUAUGCCACUACCGGAUUCAGUUGAGAUUUUCACCUAUACUGCUCCUCCCCAUUCCGCUCCCGACAGCAUCAACGACCAAGAGGGCAUCGACCGUAGCACUCAGGCAGUCCUAGACGACUCCAAGAUUGAGGAGGAGCUCGGGUCAGACAAGUACGAUGCUGUUCUCGUUGCUUGCUUCAGUGUGCACACUCUAGUUCCCAAGCUGACCCGGUUCCGCCAUCUUGCUGUUACUGGUAUCUUUGAAGCAAGUAUUCUCACGUCCAUCUCACUCAUGUCUGCAGCUGAGACCGGCGGUAAAUGGGGAAUUGUCACGACUGGAAAGUUCUGGGAGGAUCAUCUGACCGAUGGUGUCAAGAAGUACCUCGGCCAGGAGAAGGACGGUGUUAACAACAAGUUCGCCGGUGUCUAUUCCUCCGGUCUUACAGCUGGUGACUUCCAUACCGUUCCACCAGAGAAGGUUAAGGAAAAGCUCAAGGAAGCUACCCGCAAGCUUCUCGAUCAAGGUCAGGUUAACUGUGUUGUCAUGGGCUGCGGUGGUAUGGCUGGUCUGGAGGACAUUAUCCGCUCGACUGCUAUUGAGGAAUAUGGCAAGGCCGACGGUGACCUUGUCUACAUCAUCGACGGAGUCAAGGCUGGUAUCAUGCAAUUGGAGCAGAUGAUCCGCAGCAAGCGAGCCUUCCGAUAA